GGUGGAACGCUUAUAUACCUAAAAUAUAUAAGGGGAAACAAAUACAUAGCCGCGCUCUUAUAUACCUUCGCUCUCACAACGACUGUCGGAUGGGAACUCAGCAGUCUGUCGAGUAGAGCGAAAUCGUGCUGUUAGAAUAUGGAAUAAACGCAUAUACACAGAAGAGAGUGAAGUGAACGGUAUUUAUUUACAGCGCACGAUGCCACUUUUGUGUCAUUUUUGUGUACCUACGCCAAGCAUACGUCGCGCAAUUUCAUUUAUUAGUGGUGCCGGGAAAAUUGUGCGUAAAGUGUAAGUUUUAAGGUUAUGUGCUUGUGCGUUAAGGUUGUUAAUCGCGUGUGUUUCGAAUGGGAAAUAAUUGUAAAAAGUGAUCGAUCACGUGGUUGCAGUGCGUUAAUUGUGAUUUGACAGUUGGAUUUAAGUACUUACAUAACUUCAAGUAAAAUCCGCCGAGUUCAAGGUUCUUCGAGUUGCUGUUAUCAGUGAAAGUCGGGAUUAUAUGGUUCGAGCCGACAAAGACGACGAGGAUCCCGGAAUUGUGCAGGAAACAGAAGCAGCAGUACCACGGCCACGGUAUCGCCAUGACGACGCCGAACGCGACGCCGAAACCUGAAAGAAUUAAGCUAGUCGAAAUUAAUCCCCAUCUCACAUGCUACCUAUGCAAAGGAUAUUACGUAGACGCGACGACUAUUUCUGAGUGUCUCCAUUCGUUCUGCAGAAGCUGCAUCAUAAAGUUCCUCCACAAGCACAGCUACUGUCCAAUAUGCGAGGUUAUCAUCAACAAGGCGAAGCCGAAUCUUAAAUUGGACAAGACGCUGCAGGACAUUGUAUAUAAACUAGUACCUGAAUUAUUUUUAAACGAAAUGAAGAGGCGACAGCGCUUCUACAGGGAUCAGCCCGACUUAGCUGCCAAGGUAACCCUCGAGGAGCGAGGCGAAGAUACGGAGAGAACGAUAUUUAAUCCUAGGGACACUAUCAGUUUGGCGAUUGAGUAUAUAAGGUGGAUUCUUCCAUUCUUGAGUUAUGUUAACACGUCCUGGGUCAAUCAGGUCGACAAAUCCGGUUCCUAA